AUGUCAAAACUCUGUCGUUCGGAACGAUGGUUUCAUAUCCUUCUCUUUUUUUCAUUCCUGGUCUUGUUCACACAGACAACAUCAUCAACAACCUCGAAAUUGCAAGUAUUCUCACAUGAACAUUUCUCGAGUCAUCACUCCGAAUCACCUUCCUAUUCUAUUACCACGUCAGACUCCAGCGAUAUCCAAUCCUUGGAUCCAAUCCUUGACACCUUGUCAUCCGUUCAUACAUCAUCAGAAGUCUCCGUAACGAAUUCCGUUCGGUACUAUUACGAUCGUGUCAUACCUACAGUGAUACCUUUCUCUAAUCAUUUUCGUUGGUGUGGAAACUAUUCUGAACACAUGGUUCCAAAGUCCAGAAUAUUCUAUGAUUCACUAACCAUGCAAUCCAUUCCCAAUCAAUUUUCAUGCCAAAACAUAUACUUAGCUAACAGUUUUUCAAUCAUGGUAGGAGCAGCAUCAAAACUAAUGUAUGGAAGUCAUAAAAAAGAGCUCAUCUUCUCUCGACUGCAACCAAACAGAGCAGUUUCAGAUUUAUGCUCUCGAGUCCAGGAGUGGGAAGAAAAGCUCACUUUGAGUUGCGAAAAAUUGUUUUGUGAUACAAAUAGCACGAACUUGAAUCGAUAUAUAACUCUACAAACACAGAGCGCAACAAAUAUUUUAGAUUGGAUCAAUUAUUGCAGAUACUGUUCGACCAAUUGGUCUGGGCCCAGAUUUGAAUUGAAUAGUGGUAAAUGCAAAAAUCAAACUUUUGAUUUUGGGAUAAGAAAAGUACUUGAACAAUUUCCAACACAUCUCAAGUAUUGUGGAUAUUCAGAGUUUGGAAUUCCAUUGAUCACCCCAAAUAUUGGUCGAUAUUAUUCCGAUUAUUCGGGUUCAUUAGACUAUAUUUAUGUCUGCUAUUGCCCUGAAGGUGAUUACUUUGGAUUUUAUUGUUCUUUUGGAAAUCAAGACUUUAUUCUAUCGAACUCUAUGGUGUAUAUUGCUUUUACAGCUCACAUAAUAACAUUUAUUGGAGUGUUAUUGGUUGUUUGUUUACCAAAAACAGUAGUGAGUUGCAAACAGAGAAAAUUUAAAAAGUCUUUCACAAUUUCAUGUGUGACCACAAGUGAGUUAACUUCAGUAAUUGCCUACCAAGAAUUCAAUUACUUUGCAUCCGGAUUGGGGUUAGUCGCUGUACCUUUAUUUAUUGCAAUUGCAAUUUGGAUGUACAUUGUAAUUUCUCGAAUGUCAGACAUUAAUGUUCUACAAACCUCAAAUGUUCGAUUUAUUAUAUUUGCCUCGAUUUUGAGCACUUUUAUAUCUUUGACAUUCACAGUGAGUGCACUCUUGGACUCACCAGUGAGCGAUCCUACCAACGGAGUGUUUAUAUUCGUGACGCAUCUAUUGCUUGUUGCUCUUAUGCAAGGAUUAGCUUUAAUGGAGUUUGAUAAGAGUGAAUUUGGAGAUUUCUACAAGUGUUUCAAAAAAAUCAAACUUCCAAAACUUAAAAGAAAGAAUGCGUUGUCAGUCGAUGAGUCCCUGUCCGUUGAGCAACAGCACCAUGCCAUGCUAUUAAGCACCACACUUGUUGAGGAGCAGCAGAAUGAAAAGAUGACAUCCACACUUGAUGACAGUACAAUUCUCUCCAUCACCGACCACAGCAAUCCUUCCACUCACUACGUUUCUUUUUCUCGUGAUCAUGAUGAUUAA